UCUCGCGCUUUGUCUAGCUACGCGCGUGUGGCGUCGUGUCGCGUCACGCGUUGUUUUGUGCCUCGCGCACGGGGCAGUAGCUGGCGAUUCUAUCACUCGUUUCGGAUGUAUUCCGCCGCGUAUGUUAGCGACUUCGACAGCGACGACGACGAAGUCGUGUGGCCGCGCUACGAUGACGAUGGGGACGACUACGACAUCCAGAGUGUGUCCACAGUAGAGCUGCAGGCGCCCGAAUGCUCAUCGCAGCACGUGUACGAGUUCGGCGAGUUCGAGGAGACUCACGGCUGGGUGCAAUGCCGAUCCAGGAGCCAACGGGAUCGUCUGUAUUUUCAUAACAUGCACAGCGGCUGUGAUACGUGGUAUAGACCCAUCUCGCGCCACAUCAACGUUCCGUCCAUUUCCCUCGAAAAGGUGACUUGCAUGGACGAUCUAACAACAAGCGACAUGGAAUUGAUGUCGGUGUCAGACGACGAAAAUCUACCAGGCAAGGCGCGUGAUAAUGAUUUCUCGAUGAAAACGCAACUGAAUACUCUCACGCGACUGUAUCACAUCCCUCAGAUGAACUCGAUCUCCGACAAGGAGGACAACCUCAGCGUGUCGAGCGACGCAUUUGCGGGCGAACAUCGCGACGAGGUCGACGUGAAGAAGAAGAUCGAUUACAGCGACAACGACGAUAAUUCGGAAACGAAAUGGUCGCAGUUUAACAUCGAGAACUUUCUUGAGACCGAAGUCCUGGUGGGCGAGGGUGCGGUAAAUACCGAGCCAAAGAUCGAGGAUGACAGCGAUGAUGCUUCCAUCAUGUCGUCCUCGACUCUUUUGGCCGCGCCGAGAUGCACCGUAUUUACUGCGCCACACUUGAAGAAGAUCGGCUUCGAGGAGCAGAUAGUCAAAUGGCAAGGUACCCGCGUUACUAAGAAUCAAGGAGGUCCCAGGAAGAUCAUCUGCGAGAUGUACGGCGUGAGGACCAUUAACUAUGAUCUGCCUGAACCGAAUGAGAUACGGCUGCAGGCGGGUGUGAAGUCGACGAGAUUGAGCGACAGCGACAGCGACAGCGAUGAUAACAAGAACGGCGUAUCCUCGUCCUUGCAACCGGACGUCAUAACGAACGUGUCGUCUUCGUACAAGGAGUCGGACCGGUAUAAUUUCUGGAAGGACCUGCGUCAACCGUUGUUGAGCGAUACGAGCUCCAGCUCGUCGUUACGAUCGAACAAAAGCUCUAGUUCCGAUUCCAGUGGAAGUUCCACCAGCUGCAGCUCAUCCAUGUGCUCCACGUGUCCAUGCUGCACGUCGUGCAAGUGAGAGACCUAAAUGAUUUUGGUUCGAAUGAACAUUAAACUAAUGUUAUAUGUUAUGUUAAUAUUAUAAAUUGUUUGAACGUUAUUGAACACUGAAGAACCGUAAUAGUUGUUAAACUUGAUAUUUGAGGCUUUCGUGUCGUUAAACUUGCUUUAAGGGAAAUACUUAGAGAAGACCUUGACAGAAAAACAGGAAGAUAUAAGCCAAUCAGAAUUCGAUAGAAAAGAAAAUGGUCCAUUACCAGCGCAAGUUCCGCUUUUGUCUUUGUGCUCUCUGCUUUUCUACUAGAGAUGUGAAUUAUCCCUGAGACCUGUACUCAUUAUUUGAGAUUUGUCUCUAGUGAGAUAAUCAGAUUUGAAUAUAGAAUUAGAUGUAAAUUUUAGGUGAAUCAAGAUUGCCAGUAUAAUGUAACGUAUAUCAUAUGACUCAACUAAAAGAUUCAAAUCUAACUUGAAAUUCCGGUCGAUGCAUCUCACAUGAGAUAAGUUUCAAGUAAUGGCUAUUAAUACGAGUCUUAGAUUGAAAUUUAUAGUUAACUAUGAAAGUUUUGAGUCGCGAUUGCAAAUGUAAUGUCGCAUAUAUAAUUGAAAUAAAAGACUCAAAUCUAACUCUAAAUUUAAAAGAUCUGAGUAAAAAGUCUCAAAUGUCUUUAUAACAUAGAACAGAAUCUCUUCCGGUUAUUGAAAUCAUUUUCUGUGUUCUCGUAUUUUAAUUAGCUAUCCCGAGUCGAAAUUUUGGUCAUAUAUUAAACAUUGAAUUCUAUAACGCAGUAGAAGCUAAGUUAACAAAGUAGGUUUAAUGAUACAAUUUACUCCUACUUUGAUCCUGAUGAUAUUUUCCCUUUUUUUUAACGUCAAAAUGGGUUGUAUUAUAGUAGGAUGUUAAUAGUAAGGCUGAAAAUAGGGUUAAAAUUUCGACUCGAUUAAAAAGAAUCAAAAGAGAUUGAUGUAGGUUUCAGAAUAUUAAAAUAAGUGUCAAAUGGAAUAGCAAGAUUGAAAGUAGAAUCAAAAUUUCGACUCGGGAUGAUUAUAAUUUAUGACUGAACCAAAUUAUUUUGUUUUUAUUUGUUUUCAUGCUUAUAGAGAUAUAUGAAGUCUCAAUAUACUGAACAGUAUUUUCUUUCGAUUAUAAGAGAUGCCUUUUUUAUUUCUGUAUGUGAUUUGUUCAGGUUCUUUAUGUUUAGAUAUAUAUUUUACAUACAGACAUAUUGUUGCAAUGUACUUGAAAGUAUGAAAAUACAAUUAUCCAAUUUGACGUGUA